AUGCGGCGGCGGGCCUCCCCCGCCUCUGCCGCGCCCGCCGGCGGCGGCGGCUUUCGCUGGUUUGGAUGGAAGAGGCCGGCCGCCGCCGCGGCCGCCACGGAUGAGUUGAAUGACCAGGGGGCUGUAACGGUGGUGCUGAAGACUCGUCUGGACUGCUAUGGCUGCAUUAAGAGAGUGGAGAAGAUUCUUCUUAAGGUUAAAGGGGUAAAAGAGAUAUAUGCUGAUGCUGAAAGCGAGUUGGUGACUGUUAAGGGGACAGUGGAUGUCAAUUCACUGCGGGUGCACCUGAAGCGCAAGCUCAAGCGUAGCGUUGAGAUUGUUUCUUUGAAAAUUGAUGACGGCGACAACAACGACCGUAUGAACAAUGUUAAAGAUGCGAAGACGGAGGAUGACAAUGGCGGUGACGGCGAUGGCGAGUGGAUGGAGAAAGAGGGCGGUGGCGGUGGUGAGAUAUUGAAAGUGGAGAGAGUUGCUAGGCGACAGAGAAUGAAGGAGAAGUUGGGGGAUGGUGGUCGUGAAAGUGGCUACUCAAAUAGAAAAAAUUCUUAA